GUUUUGAAUACUAAUAUCGGUUCAUAACUAAUUUCUCAAUCUGCAGAAGCAAGAGUCAAUAUUAAUUAAUGAUACCUUAAAAUUUUCAGGAUGAGGGAGUAGAAAAUAGUUGGUGCAGAGUGGAAGUCUGGAAGCUCACCCCGGGCAUGAUCCACCGGCCAGAUUAAAGCACGACUUAAGCACUUAAAGCUUCAAUCCAUGAUUUGUUUUUCCCCUCUUUCUCUCUCUGUUUGGCGCAUUUUCUCCCCCACACUAUAAAAACCAGAAAAUUACAAGCAAGGCUCAAAGUUCAAGGUUUCCAUUUUCUCAAUCUCUUCUACUUCUAAUAUUCCAAAGCACACUAAAAAACACUUGAGAAGUCCUUUUUGGUUUUGUGCUCAUUUCCUUGCCGCCAUAGCUGGAGAAGCCAUUAGAAUGUCCUUCAAUAAGUGUCAGCCAUGAAUGCAGGAGUUUGUUCCAGAAGUAACCAUGGGGACUGUUUAUAAUUACAGUACUGUCCUUUCAGCCCAGCUGACUAGAAAGUCUUUGUGUGCUUUUCUUUCUCUUGUUCUGAUUCUUCUCUUGACUUGCAACGGUGCCACGAUAUUCUCCGUCCGUGUCCCUUUCCCGGCGAAGACCCCGCCGGAGCCGGCCAGCUUCUCGCCGGAGAAUGUCACCGGAAAAUCAAGAACCCUGGUGUCGGUCUCCUCUUCGAGAAAGCUGUCGUCUUCGUUGAUGUUGGCCGUGAAAGAGGAGGUCCCGGUGGCGAAACCGGACACCCACUUCCACAUUUCGCGGAAAAAUCGGAACUUGGUAGCUUUCAAGAAUGCUUCCAUGGCGGCUCGGCAUAGGAGGAGGCGGAAGAACAAAUCUCUGAUCAGAAUUAUGGGGUCCGAAGCGCAGAUGAGUAAUUUCUCAAGAAGAGUGAAGGAAUUCUUCCAUGGAAAUUCAUGUAAGUUGAGGUUUUUCAUGACUUGGAUAUCCUCAGUGGAGUCUUUUAGCAGCAGGGAAAUGAUGGCCAUUGAGAGCUUGUUCAAAGCACACCCCCAUGGCUGUCUGAUCUUAGCAUCAAGCUCAGUUGAUUCAACAGAGGGGACGAAAAUCCUAAGCCCGUUCUUGAAAAUGGGACUGAAAAUCACUGCAAUUUCGCCGGAUUUCAACUAUCUGUUCAAGAACACUGCUGCAUAUUCUUGGUUCGGGAGGCUGAAGAGGGGAAACAUAGACCCUGGGGAAGUCUCCAUAGGCCAAAACCUCUCAAAUUUGCUCAGACUUGGGUUACUCUACAAAUUUGGUGGGAUUUACUUAGACACAGAUGUAAUAGUCCUAAAGAGCUUUGAACCCCUGAGAAAUGCCAUUGGGGCUCAGACAAUGAACCUUGAAACCAGAAACUGGAGCAGACUGAACAAUGCUGUGAUGGUUUUCGACAAGGGUCACCCUUUGGUUUACAAGUUUAUUCAGGAAUUUGCCCUCACAUUCGAUGGCAACAAAUGGGGUCACAAUGGACCAUACUUAGUCUCAAGGGUGGUGGCAAGGGUGAAAGGAAGAGAAGGGCACAACAUCACAGUUCUGCCACCAAAAGCAUUUUAUCCGGUCGACUGGAGCCGAAUUGGCAGCCUGUUUCAGGGGCCAAGAAAUGUGACUCAUCUCAAAUGGCUGCUGGCUAAACUCAGCCAGAUUCGCUGCGAGAGCUUCGCGGUUCAUCUGUGGAACAAGCAGAGCAGGGGGUUAGAGAUUGAAGAAGGGAGUGUAAUUCAGCACAUAGUGGCAGAUAGUUGUGUCUUCUGCAAUUCUUCUUCUGCAUCAUCACAAAAGCUGUGAUAUAGAUACAUAGAUAGAGUCUCAAUAAGGGUGAGACCCAUCCUCUUUGUUUCUUUCUGUUUAUUCAUCUUUUGCUUGGGUUUGGAUCAAUUCAAUCCAUAAUACCAUUUGAUCACUCACAGAAUUGUUACAGAAUAGAGAAAUAACACAAAGGUUCAUGCCUUCAUGGCACUGU